AUGGCUUCGAGCUCUGGUCUGACGCGCCGGAGAGGAGGCGGCGGCGGCGCAGCAGGCAAUGGCGAGGACGAGAGCAGCCGGGUGGGCUCGCCUGCACCCAAGCGCAAUGACGACCGCACCCCCGAAACCUCCUACGAGAGCUCCGAGAACGGCCACAAGAUCGCAUUCGACCCGCGGGACAUUAGCGAGAAUGCAGAGCGAAGCAAACAGCCCAAGCUGACGCUCAUGGAGGAGAUUAUCCUCAUGGGCUUAAAAGACAAACAGGGUUACCUGUCCUUUUGGAACGACAACAUUUCGUAUGCAUUGCGAGGAUGCAUCGUCAUAGAAUUGGCCUUUCGAGGCCGCGUGAGCAUGCAAAAGGACUCGUCACGACGACGGUUCCCGCUCGCCGACAGAAAUAUUGAGGUCAUCGACGACACCCUGACGGGUGAGGUGCUGCUGGACGAGGCCCUGAAGAUGAUGAAGUCGAGCGAGAAGAUGAGCGUCAACUCGUGGAUCGACCUCAUGAGCGGAGAGACAUGGAACCUCAUGAAGAUUGGCUACCAACUAAAGCAAGUACGCGAACGACUAUGCAAAGGCCUCGUCGACAAGGGCAUCCUGCGCACCGAAAAGAAGAAUUUCCUGCUCUUCGACAUGGCUACACAUCCCGUCGCUGAUGGCGGCGCAAAGGAAGAGAUUCGGCGUAGGGUCCGGAAUGUGCUCACGAACCGCACCGUUGUCCUCCCCGGCAGUCAGUUCCUGCCCGAGGAGCUUGACUUUAGGGUGCUCCGGACCAUCACCAUGGUCUGCGCUGCUUACGCGGCUAACGUGCUAGAGAACGCGCUGACCACGUUGGGUCACGAGGCACGGGAACGAGCUUUUGCACAGGUGGAUGAACUGCUCGCAGAAUACUCGCAAUGGCCUUUUGCAAAGAGGCAGGGCGGCUCGCAGGGCGUGGGUGCCAAUCUGGGCCAGCUCAUCACGGACGAAGUCAACAACAACAAAGAUAAGGAGCUUCAGCUCGAGGUGGUUGCUGCGUGCUUGAGUGUGUUUACUCGGCUCGACUCACUGCUCUAGACAUGGACCAUGUGUCAAGACGAGCGGUUUUACUGGGCUGCAGGGAGCAGGCCUCACGAUGGGCAAGGCUCGACGUCUGGGGCAUGUACCGCUAGUACUUCAGGUGCAUAUAGCCGGUGAGGCUGUAUGCAGUAGGUGGCAGCGUGACGAGGCGGGGAGGCUCCAAGUGUAGGGUAUUCUCCAUUUUUAGCGUUGAUGCAGCGGAGAGAUGGAUGUGGAGACGAGGGCGUCGGCAUGUGCUCAAAAGGUGUAACACCAGACGCUUCUUCUUCUUGUGCUGCUGAGCGGUUCUUUGCCCAAAAAUAUAAGCUUUAUUCGACAC